UGCUCCAACUGCUCCACCACGACAACCCCGCUGUGGCGCCGCGACCCCGAAGGCAAGCCAUUGUGCAAUGCCUGUGGUCUUUUCUGGAAACUGCAUGGAAUUACCCGCCCGCUGAGCCUCAAGACUAACGUUAUUAAGAAGCGCAACAGG